AUGUCGAUGGAAACUCAUGUCAGUAAAGUCUGCUCUAGAGCUUUCUUUGGCCUCUACAAGAUUCGUCAGAUUCGCGGGAUUCUGACUGUCGGCACCACCAAAACCCUGGUGCAUGCGUUUGUUACAUCUCACCUGGACUACUGCAAUGCUCUCCUCUACGGCAUCACGGAACAGCAGUAUGGCAGGUUGCAGCGUGUUCUAAAUGCUGCAGCCAGGGUUACAUGCCUGAUUCCCAAGUUUGACCGCAUCAGUCCGGUUCUGAUGCGGCUUCAUUUGCUGCCUGUCAAGGCAAGGGUUGAGUUUAAGAUACCCUUGCUCACAUACAAGGCAGUCCAUGGAGCGGCACCGGCUUACCUGACUGAUAUGGUACAACGCCGACGUGGGUCAGCCAGUCAAAGGCAGCUUUUGGAACAAUACUAA